UCCUAAGAACCUUCCAACCAAGCCACCGGUCAAGGUCAUUCUUGCUCCUUGUCGCCGGGAUUGCACCCCACACGGCGGGCGGCUAGCAGCCCCUGCUCAGAGGAGCUACCUGAUGGGGGGGACCCAGGGCAUGGCCUCACAUCUGGGGAGACGGUCAGCAUGACACCCACCAGGAGGAGAGGACGUCCUCCUCACAAGGUCGUCCCUCUGCUCUCCUGUGCGCAGGCGCCCCACCACCACCCGGCGGCGCUGGUCCGGCAGCCCUGAACCCGCCCGCAGAGCCCAGGCGUCCCGCCGGGCCUCGACACGGAAGCCUCUUCACGCCGGGCCACGACCCCGCGCUGACCGCUUCGUGACUCUUCGGCCAAGCAGACGCAGCUUAGCCGACCAAUCCCAGAGCGAGGACCAGGUCCUCUUCGGCUACUCGGCCGUUCGGCCCUUCGGCUUCUCGGCUCCUCGGCAUUUUCCGUGGCCGGGCCCUCGCCGGCUCUCCGCAGACCCUGGAAGCCGUUCUGCUCGGUGUCUCUUCUUCAGCCACUUCCGGGUCUUCCGUCGUUCCGGAAGCCCGCGAAUCCCGGAAGCGGGGCUGCCGCAGCUUCGGCUGGGGAAAGCUCAGCUUGCCAGAAAAUGUUUGAGGAAAGGUUCCGCAGACCCCGCAGCUCCCGGCAAGUAUGAGGUGAGGAUCUCUUGAAGCAAACGUGCAGGAGAGCUCUCCACUGCCUUGUGGGUAGGCUGCUGAGUCCAGAAGGGACCACAGGAACAGGGGGAAAGACAGUUCCAGAGAAGACAUGGCGGGCAGAGAGGAGAAGGGGAAGAGUGCGAACAGAGUGCUGAGGAUCAGUCAGCUGGAUGCCCUUGAACUGAACAAGGCUCUGGAGCAGCUCGUGUGGUCCCAGUUUACUCAGUGCUUUCAUGGGUUUAAGCCAGGGCUCUUAGCUCGCUUUGAACCAGAAGUGAAAGCAUGUCUGUGGCUUUUCCUAUGGAGGUUCACCGUCUACUCCAGAAAUGCCACUGUGGGGCAGUCAGUUCUGAAUAUUCAGUACAAAAAUGAUUUCUCUUCCAGCCCAAGAUACCAGCCACCAAGUAAAAAUCAGAAACUGUGGUACGCCAUGUGCACCAUUGGGGGUCGAUGGUUAGAAGAACGAUGUUAUGAUUUGUUUCGAAACCGUCAUUUAGCAUCUUUCGGGAAAGUCAAACAGUGCAUGAAUUUUGUGGUUGGACUCAUAAAAUUAGGUGAGUUGAUAAACUUCUUGAUUUUCCUGCAGAAGGGAAAGUUUGCAACUUUGACAGAACGCCUCCUUGGCAUUCGUUCUGUAUUUUGCAAGCCCCAGAACAUGCGCGAAGUUGGCUUUGAGUACAUGAAUAGGGAACUUCUCUGGCAUGGUUUUGCUGAGUUUCUGAUUUUCCUAUUACCACUCAUCAAUAUCCAGAAGUUGAAAGCCAAGUUGUCUUCCUGGUGCAUACCCCUUACCGGCACUGUUAGUGACAGUGCGCUCGCCAGCAGUGGCAAAGAAUGUGCCCUGUGUGGAGAGUGGCCCACAAUGCCUCACACCAUUGGAUGUGACCACGUGUUCUGUUAUUACUGCGUUAAAAGUAGCUUCCUAUUUGACAUGUACUUUACCUGUCCUAAGUGUGGCAUAGAAGUGCACAGUGUGCAGCCACUGAAAUCAGGAAUUGAAAUGUCAGAAGUAAAUGCUCUUUAGAAACCAAAUUGUUUCCUCUGAGGGAAAAUGUAUUGUGUGUCCUUGGUAUUAGUCACCGUCAAUGUCAUAUGUAGGUGUCUUUGAAAAGGCAUGUGCUGCUCAGCCACUGUCCUCUUCUUUUCUAAGAGCCACUAAAUUCUAAUCACUGGAAACUAAAUGAUAUGAGGGAAUCUUAUAAAUGUUCAGGUUAGUUUUUUAAAUCAUCUAUUAAAUUUUUUAAUGUCCAGAAUAAUGGGAAAUUUUUGUCAGAUGAAUACUGAGAAUGACUAAGAAUGAUUCUUCAUAGAAAAGGUCGAACUCUAAAAAUAAACAAUUUUUGAGACU